GCUUCAGCGGUGCAGCAAACCGGAGCAGAGCAGGUGUAUGCCGUGUAGAGAGUCCUGGUAGCGGCCACGGUCUGUGACAGUGGCACUAGGACGCUAGCUUUAGGAGGUUUGUGCGUUUUUGUCUGCGUGUCUGAGAGAGAGGGCGCGCGCCCCCGUAGACAGGAUUUAAUAGAGUGCAGAAACACCAAUAAAUUCAUCUUAGAGUUAAAGGGAGGAGGACAGAGAGGAGUCAGAAGGGACUGUGGUGGCUGCUCACACUUUCUCCGUGCGGCUGCGGAGAGGCGGAUUAUCGGUACGCACGUUCUGCGGAGCGCACUUUUUUUGGUGAUGCAUUGAGAGGGGAGAUGUGCAGCAGUGAGCGUCAACCUGGAGCUUCAGCGGCAUAAUCAGCGCAAAGAAGAAGCAGAACCCGCUGGAUGUGUGGGGGGCAGCUGCUCUGUGCAUCACAGGAUUUCCAUUUACUGUUUUCUUUAUUUUGAUGAAUGCUUUUUAUUGGUGCAGAGUGAAAGUCAAAGAUGCGCACCGCUGAACAAAGGAUUUAGUGGGAAACGAUCACCAAUCUCCUCGUUUUAAUCCUGACACCCCAGCGUGCUUCGUGGACUUCCCCAGGGUCGACACUCAUGCCCAGUCUUCCUCGGACACAGGCCGAUUAAAGCUCUGCUUUCAAAGCUGGAGCAGAGCGAACCAUCUGGGCUGAUCGAGUCCAUGUGGAUGGAGAGAGAAUACGCAAACAGCGCGAGCGCAGCUCAGUCCGAAAUGUGACAUUUUUUCACUCAGCCUCACAUCGCAGCUGACAUCUGUGCUUCUGCCUUCCUUCUCUUUCGGAUCUGUUUACAUCGACCAAGGAGUGGCCUUGAUUGCCUUCCAAGCAGGCUGUGGAGGGAACGAUCGCUCUAAACAAACCACACAUCACAGGAAGACCUGACAUGGCGUUCCUGCCGGUCCUCCUACUCCUGCUGCUGUCUGUUACUCAUCGUGCCAUCAGUCAAGACUCAGAGGACUCCGAAGCUCUCCCGAGAGGCUGUGGCUGGGGUCUUGUGCGUCCCUACACUCUCCUCUGUGACCUGGACUCCAUAUGGGGUGUCGCUGUCGAGUCAGUGGCUGCCGGCGGCGUGCUGACUGCCAUCCUGCUCGCCUUGGUCCUGCUGUGCCGUUUACGCCACAUCAGUGAGGCUGAGAAGCGCAGCGGCGUGGGACCAAUCCUCCUGCUGCUCCUGGGUGCCCUCGGCUUGUUCGGCCUGAGCUUUGCUUACCUGAUCGAGCAGGAUGAGUCGUUAUGUUUGCUCCGCAGGGCCCUGUGGGGUCUCUUGUUUGCAGUCUGCUUCUCCUGCUUGCUGGUGCAAGGAGUCCGCCUGCGCAGGCUUGGCCGGGAGCGCAGGAGCCCCGGCGGCUGUGCCCUUACAGGCCUUGCAUUGGGUUUAAGUGCCGUGCAGGGCAUCAUCGCCGCUGAGUGGCUUCUUCUGACCGUGCUGAGGGAGGGCCGAGCUGCCUGUCAAUACCUACCCCUGGACUUCUCGCUAGCAUGCAGCUAUGUGCUAGCCCUCCUUCUGGCAGCAAUGACCGCUGCCUCCCUGGCCCUCUGUGCGAAGACUCGUCAGUGGCGCUGCAAUGCUAUCUGGCUGCUGGUGACCUGCCUGCUGUCGCUGCUGCUCUGGGUGGCUUGGGUGGGCUUCUAUCUGUACGGUAAUGCCUGGCUGGGGAGGUCCCCGGACUGGAACGACCCGGCUCUGGCGAUCGCUUUAGUAGCUCAGGGCUGGCUGCUGCUGAUCUUCCAUGCUAUUCCUGAAUCCCACAUCUGCCUGAGACCCCCUCCACAGCCCACCGCCCCGGAUUACUUUGACACUUCCCAGAACUCAACAAGGAUGAGGGAGACCAGCUUUGAUGAAGACAUCCCUCUUUCUCACAGGCAGUUUGUGGAGAACCAGGGCUACGGUUACAGCGAUGAGAACACCGCAGGCUUAAGGAGCGGCGGCGGUGCUGGCCAACACAACAGUAACACCGGCGCGAGGCCCAGUGCUCCUUUCCGCAGCAACGUGUACCAGCCCACCGAGAUGACCAUGAUCCUGAACGGGGGAGCGGUGAGUACAUCCUCCCAGUCACAGGUGCCCUCUGCUCCUCCUACCUACACAGGGAGGCAGUUGUGGUGAGCGCAAGGAUUGGAAAGAAGAUGUGUGGAAGAAAAUGAAGAGAAGGAGAGGAUGGAGAGGAGAGGGUGAGGAGGGUGGGGUUCCCAACCCCUGGAAGAAGGGCUCGCCUGGUUGGACUGGACUUAAAAAAAAACAUGGAUUCCAACAGCGCCCUUUCCUUCUGUGUACAGACUAUAACACUGACUGUGUGCAAAUGAAGCGACGUAUGAGUGCGUGAGAGACUGAGAGAAAGUAGGGCAUGGAGGACAGAGCUGAAGCUCUUCUAGCACACAAAUAUCUCAAAAUGUGACCGGCAAGUAGCAAAACAAAAGUGACGCUGACUCAGAUCUGAAAAUAUCAGUAUUCUUUGAUUUGCUCCCUUGAGACGACAGCACUGUAAGCAUCCUUGAAAACUGUGAAAUCUUUUUUUGCUCUCUUUCCUGUCAGUCAGGAUGUUUUUUUCUACUGCCCCACUAAAAAAUUCUGUGGAAACAUUUGGCUCUGUCCUCCAUCCAUCUGUAGGUGAAGACAGAGCACAUGGGUGACUGUACAGCUCAAGCAAGAAAGAAUCCAGCUUCUGUGGGUGUGUAUGUAGAGUAAAUGAGAGGCAAAGGUGUGCGUGUGCUCCUUACAUCUCAUACAAUAAGCCUUCCCUCUCUGAACUGUUUCCCACUCCCUCCCUGUUUGCAUUUCUCUGCACCGUCUGUGAAUAUACUCCUCUCACCUCGCCUCAUCCUCCCACCUGCAUGGACACUUUGCAAACAAACUGUGAAGAACUGAAAGGACGCUCCGCAGCAGCCUGGAGCACCUGAGCAGAAGGAUGACAAGCUGCUACUGAACUACUGUUAAAUACAACAGAGCAGAGUGGAUUCUGAUUGGACGUGGAGGGUGUCAGUCAUCGGCGGAGGGUGGUGGAGGCAGCGCUUGGUAAAUCUAGGUCAGACUUUACUGCACGCUGCUCUCCCACAUCUCCGGUGGCCACUGGCGGUUUGAACCAGCCAGGAGAAACUGUCACUUUAUAUCAGCAGGAAACGGAGCGAGGAAGUGAAUCGGUAUCCUGUUCUUACUUCCUCUAUCAGUGUUUUAUGUGCGUGUACGUGAGUGUUGUGGUUUUAUGAGUGUCAAGAAGGCAGACACGGGGUUAUUCGGAGUCAAGGUUGCAUUCUGGUGCUAAAUAUUUCUCCACAUCGCUUCCCAGUGAGGAUCUGAGCUACAGGAAUGGCACUGAUGCAGAUCCAGUCGUCAAGCAUUGAGUGACAGGGUAUAUAUAGCAGUGUUAAUUAAGCUAUGACUAAAAAUGUUAGUUAAAUACCUUUUUUUUUCCAUGAGAGACUAGACUAAGACUAGCUAAAAAUAGGUCUGUGAUGAUAUAAACUGAUGGAAAUUCAUUCAGUUUUUGUCAAUGACAAGGAAAUGAGAGUAAAAUGUUAGUACUGGACUGCUUGAAAUUCAAAUUCUAUGAUACUUCUCCAAUGCUGCUUGUAAGAUAAGUCAUCAGUAUACUUUAAAUCAAUAGAGGGUAUGCAUGUGAUGUCGCAGGCACUGCGAGCCUUUGCUGUUCCUGAGUAGCAGAAAGGCUGUACCAGUGACAGAGAUCAGUAUGGCUGCAUACUGGGCCGUCCCUGACUUUAUUUCAGCUGAAAAGAGCUGCCUUUCAAUAAUAUCUUGCUUAUGCUCACCACAGUCCGUAAACAUCUUCAGCAGAUGGAAUAUGUUUAUACAAAUGUAUGGGGCCGUGACGUUACGUUACUAAAGCCUGAGAAUGAAGCUGGGCUAUUACAUACGACCAGAAAUAUUCAUUCAGUGAUGAAUAUAAGCUAAACCCUACUCCAUUUCCUUCCUCUUACCUGAAAAGAAAAUAAAAAACCUUAAAUUUAGCAGAUCAGCCAUGCAUUUGAAUAAUAUCGAAGGUGACAAGGCAUCUAAGGAGAAUGAAUUCUUUUUGUAGCUGUACAUAAAAAGUUGUGGUGUCCAGUUAACACAACUGGUUCUAAAAGAACUGUCAAGUCCACAGGCUCCACAAUGCAUACCACUCUGGCUGCAGACCACAGCUCUUAGAUCCCCCCUCUUGCAGACCCACCCUUGUGUCAGGAGGGAAACACACACAGUGUAGGUGUGCUGUGGGAACAUGCACAGUUAAAGCUAAUGAAGCUAUGUAAGCUAUGUAAAAAAAAACAUAGCUAUGUAGCCAGCAUAACCUAUGAGAACGCUAACAAAGCCACGUUAGCUAAAACUGACAUAGCUGCUGUAAGCUUAGUAGCUAUGCUAGUCUUAGCUAUGUUCGCUAAAGCUUUUGUUGCAUAAGAUACAGAUAACAUAGCUUUGUUGAUUUACUAAGUAAUAGAAAUUUACAUACUAUUUGUAGCUAGCUAGCUUUAGCUAAGUUUGCUAACCAACAUAGCCCAAGCUAAAGCUGACAAAAGCCACAUUAGCUUUGUAAGCUUAUGCUAUAUUUGCUAAAGAUAGUGUAGCUACAUCGCUAUUGUAGCUCAACAGCUAUGUAGACUUAGAUAUGUUUGCUAAAGCUCAUGUUACUAAGGAUACAGCUAACAGAUGCUUUAGCUUAGACAGUUACAUUGACUACAUAGCUACAAAAGGUAUGUUAGCUUUAUUUUAGUUUGCUAAAGGUCAUGUUGCUGAAGCUAAUUAGCUACAUUGGCUGAGCCAAUGUAAAUCAUGGCUACUCCUAAAAAAGGGUCCAUAAGUAAUUAAAUCCCAGAUUUUAUCUGUAUUCCCGAAAUAAUGGGAAACGCCUGAUCUAAAGCUUUCUAUAAACAAAACUUUGACUAUAAAUCAGUUUCACAUCCAUCACUGAUGAACUGGGCUGGUGUGUGCCUUCAGGCUCUGCUUUGUGCAUAGAAGUCUAGUCCAGAUACUGACCACAGUCUGUCGAGUAUCUUCAAGCGGAUAUUAUUUUUUUUCCUCCUGUUCAUUCGUUCUCCUUUGGGCUGACAGCAGAAUUUCAGAAUGUUUUGCCUCUCAGCCUAAGUUUAAGUGUAAGACUAGGUUUAAAAUAGCCACUAAAUUUAACACUGAUAUAUCGAGCCGAGGGGCUGGUGUGUUGAGAUAUCCGCGAGCCUUAGACAGAUCAGAUUUACAGUGCCGUCAUGAUCAAAUAAAAGAGGGGUCAGGAAGAUGAUAGCUGGUCCAAAGGGAGAGAAAUCCCGUGACUUCCUGCAGUCAGUCCAGUCUGUGUGAGAAAAUGGCUCCCCAGCCUGCCUGCCUGUGUGUUUGUGUUGUGCGUGAUGUAGGGGCGGCCAUGCUGCUCUUCUUCGUGUCUUCUCCUCCCUCCUCCUCUUCAUCCUCGUCCUGUCUCUCUGUGGUCGGCUCAGGCUCGAGUCCUCCGUGCCAAGAAGGACUCUUGUUUCACAGGAGUCUCCGUUUCACGCCCUCCAUCGUCUCUCUCUCUCUUCACUGGAGAAGCUGUGUACAUAGUAGUGCUGUAAAGCUUUGCUUGCUUGUUUACUUUUUUUUAACUGUAGGCUUAAUUUAGACACCAGUAUCAUAUGACCGACUGGAGAACUGACUAUUGCAAACUGUUUUUAUCUGGGAACUUCUUUUUUUUAAACUGGUUGGCUUUGUGUUCAUACUUUUGCCUGUUGCUCCUUUUAUGCUUUUAUUUUUCUCUUGCUGGUGUCUUUAUUUUUUAAAAAUAGCAUUUUGAAAUGUUUUGCCAACACUAGAUAUGCUUUUAUUUUUAAUUUUUGUUUGAUUAAUGUUCAGAUGAACUGAUAUGAGUUGUCAUUUACAGGCUUUUACAUUGUUUGUACCUCCUGAAUUAUCAGUCAAGAUCAUAGACUGUAUAUUUACUAGCCAGCACUUCUCAGUCUCCUUUUGUUGCACUGGGGUGAAGCCAUAAUUCCUCCACGACUGGUGCUGGAUCUUCUUUAUCAGAUAGGAGUCUAAAUAAAACUAACCUGGUCUUGUCUCCUAAUUAGUGAGUACAUCCAUCAAAAAAACAACUGUCUUUCAGUUAACAAUAAAGAACAAAACUAGGUAAACCAUAAACUGCAGAAAAAUAUCGAACGAAGCCAGAAUAAUUCCAGCCAUUUGGUUAUCAGAGACGGCUUUUGUAGCAAAUCUGCUGUGAUCACCUUAUUAAAAACACUUCAAACUAACCAAGAAGGAUCUGCUUAAACACACAAGCUUGUGGUCACCCAUGCACCUUAUUAUAAAGCAUUGCACAAGCUAGGGUUGGCACCACUUUUUAACUGCUUUUCCCCCCUCAUUAGGUCCUUACAUUUACGCAUUUAAAGAAACGAGUAUACUGUGAAGUUAAUAAGCCUUGUGUUCAUUUCCGGGGGGUGUUUUACCCCUGCCUCUGCUUGGACUGAAUGCAUCCAACUCUUUAAAACUGGUGUUCUAACGUCAGUCACUGUGUGACUGAAACAUUUAUGACAAACAAACUUGAGAUUCAUGUGCUCAUACUGCAGUCUGAUAGUGUGACAAACCUCAGAAAGCUUCCUUUCACACACAGCGUCUCAAUCAAAUGCAGCUAGCAGUGAAAUAAUAAACGUCACUGUCAGCUGUAGAGCUCAACAGUACCUGCCCACUUUUUCAGCAGCGCUGGUUCCAGAAGCAAAAUUCGCCAUUCAAAUCCCUCACAGACAUGUUGUAAAAACCUCACUACUACUUCUAAUGCAUGAACCAAACUUAACAGCAACCUGAGUACUCAUGACUAUGAAACUUUGAUUCUGUGCAAAAAAAGGCUUUAGAAAAUGGAGAAAAAGAUUGUUUUUCUUAAAUGAACUUUUGUCGUCUACAAUAGCAUAUAACAUUGUUUUCUACUCAGAUAGCUCCUCAUAAGUCUAGCUUGGAAACGUUUGAUAAAAUGGCUAACAAUCAAAUCCGCUGUGGAGAAAAUAAAUGGGGUUUUUGCAUCCGGAACCACACUAUUGAGCCCUAUAGAUAUGGGAGUUUAAGAUUUUUUUUGUGAUCUGGAUAAUUUGACUCAGUCCAGUAAGAGUCUGUUCUUUCAGCUCUCAAACAGCAUGUAUGUACAUUUAUGAUACUGAAGCUUUUCAUUAUAAUAAAAGUAAACCAUGGACGUCGUCUCCCUUGAUUCACAUAAAUCAAACUCGUCUGCAAAUGGUACAUCGUUACAGCCAGCUGGACAGCAGCAAAUGCUUCCUGCUUGUUCUUUUAUCUUAGAUGAGGAUGACACUUCAGUGAGGUCUUCCUUUCAGAUACUGUAAUAAUUAAUGAAGUUAUGCUUAAAUUAAAGUUAUCAAUUUUUAUUGUUUCUUUUUUAUUGUUUCUGAUGUUGUGGGAAAACUGUGGUGAAAUAUGACUUAAAUCCUGUAUUCAUAUAUUCCAUACAGUGUCCUCUGUGUGUUCUCUGUUUCAGUGGCACAAUGAAAGGAGAGAAUUUGAAAUAGCCAGUCUGUAAAGAAUAAAAACUAAAAUCCAGUGUGACAAUACAAUACCCAAGCUAGCGUAAACUUCCGAAAAUCUGGUCUAAAGUCCGCAUUACAAAGAGGGAGAUUCCAACAUGCUAUGGAGCUAGUUCUGCACUUAAAGGAUUUACAGCAGUUUAAUGCCAGUGCAUUUACUGAUGAGGUUUUAAUGGGUUCCCUAAGGGAAUCAGAGCUGAAGCUGAGAUUAGUUUGAUUCAUGUCACUCCCAAAAACACACCCAUAUAUAAUCAAAACACUAGAGCCAGGAUUGUGCCUCUUCAAGGUUGCAAAAUGUAUACAGUCAUGCUCUGCCAUGCACUUUAAACAGUGCAAGUUUCACCUUCAAAUAGGCCCCAUUCCAGCCAAAAUCCAUCUCUGAACCAGGCUGUAAACAGGUUUAUUUCUGGGGUGUGAAUGUGGUUUCUUCACUUCUGUAUUUGCUUCAUAUUUGCUUGGUUGAAACAACCAUGUGGAAACUGAGACUGGCAAUGUUUCUGUAGCGUACACCAGAUAACAUCACCAGCUCAGAAUGUCAGCGCUUGUCAUGGAGGGUACUUUGGCUUCACUUUUGUACAACUAGAGGAAGCAGAGAUGUGCUGUCCAGCUUCACAGCUAUGACAGCGGUCCAUUUUUGGCUGUAACAGUUACAGGAACUGUAACAGCUCUGAAUUUCAUGCAGUAAACAACGACUUAUCUGUGAAUCUUGUGCGACAAUUUUAGCAAACAGAGCAGGGAGGGCUAGGAAAAGAAACCUCAAAUCCACCUACAGUCAUUUUGGCGACACCUUGUUUUACAACCACCUUCGACUAAGAAAAGACCACCUCUUAACUGCUGCUGUAUGUUUAUGUCUUACCCACUGGCUAUUCUAAAAUAGGGCCGGCACCAGCCAGCAAGCUCCAUGCCCAAACAGAGCCUGCCAUGCUAAGUCAGACUCUGUUUGGGCCCUCCCUGGUCAGAAACAAUCCACAGGUUUGUGUCCAUGAAGAAGAACUGACCUCAGGGUUUGGGAUGGUCAGCAGAAAUGAGACGACAUGUGGAGGUUUCAGUUCUCGUGAAGUCAACGUGGAAUACAAAAAGAAAAAGAAAAAAAGAAACGUGACUUUGUAGAUUUUGCACUUGUCGACUACCUAUCUGUGCAUGCUUAUCACCAUUUCUACAUGUAAGACCUUUCUCAGACGUACUUUUGAAUACUAACUCUAUUUAUGUAAGGGUCAUGUGACAGCAAUCAUACUUUCAGUGUAUAUCAGAUGACACACUUAAUGUCUGUGUUUCCUUAAACACAAAAGAGAACAGGCUCUUGAGAGGGGGAAAGAAGUGGUCCGAAAUAGUUUGAGUCCCCAUAAAGGAUCAAAAAAGCCGUCAUCAGUGGACCUAAAAAUAGCUUUCUCUGUUAGUUUGAAGCCUGGAGGGGAAAAAAGAGCAACUUCUGAUGGAUAUCGUCUCUGUGUGUAAAAUCAAAUAGACUGUGGUGAAAUUUGCACAAAACUUCUAUAUGUUAAGUUUGUCAUCCCUGGGCAGCCCACUGAACACCCGUCGUCCCUGGGUUUGGCAUGUCCUUGCCUGUCCUCUCCUGAUUUGUCUUGCCUUCAGACUGUUCCAGCGGGGCAGCUGACAGGGGUGAUAUUGGUUUUCACAGCUGUGACUGUGCAGUGACGCAGCAUGCCUAUGUAUAGAACUUUAUUCCCCUGAUUAGAAAAAGAAAAAAACAGUUAACUCUCGUUUCUGUAACUGAGUCAGGAAAAAAAAGUUCAAUAAAAGUGUCAUGUUUGUAGUU